UUGCUGAGUCAUGGAGCAAAGAUUAGGUAGGAGGGGGUUUAGGAUCACUUCCUAUUGGCUGCUGCAGGAUGAGGACGAUGUAGAAAAACUGUUGCAUUAGUUUCAACUGUGUGAAAUCUAGAGCCAAGCAGCCAUGGCAACUCCAGCCAAGCCUGUUCUUCAUGGAUACUUCAGAAGCUCCUGCUCCUGGAGGGUUCGCAUCGCUUUUGCUCUUAAAGGAAUAGAGUACGACCAGGUUCCAGUCAAUCUGAUCAAAGAUGGAGGUCAGCAGCUCACUGAACAGUACAAAUCCUUAAACCCCAUGCAACAAGUGCCUGCAGUGGAAAUCGAUGGCAUCACCCUUUCUCAGUCACUGGCAGUGAUCCAGUACAUCGAGGAAACCAGGCCAGGACCCCGCCUCCUUCCUGCAGACCCCAAGAAACGGGCCCAGGUCCGGAUGAUCAGUGAUGUCAUUGCCUCUGGGAUACAGCCACUGCAGAACUUGUAUGUGAUCCAGAAAAUGGGAGCAGAGAAAGUGCCGUGGGCUCAGCAAUUCAUCACUCGUGGUUUCCAAGCUCUGGAGCCCAUUCUGAAGCAAACGGCAGGCAGAUACUGUGUCGGCGAUGAGAUUUCCAUGGCCGACAUCUGCUUGGUCCCACAAGUCUACAAUGCAGAGAGGUUCAAGGUGGACGUCGAGCAGUUCCCAACCAUCAAUAGGUUAAAUCAAACCCUCAUUGAAAUCGAGGCUUUCAAAGUGAGCCACCCGUCUUGCCAACCAGACACGCCUUCCGAUCUUCGCACAUAACAGCUAUACACAUGUAAUAUGAUGCUUUCUUUAAUAAAACACUUUGAAAAUAA